AGCUACUGAGAAGCCAGAUGUCGUCAGCACAAGUCUACGAAAUUGUGGUGGAGUACGCGGAUAAUCAUUGCUCGACGAUCCCGUCCACCUCUUCCUCAGUGUCACCAAGAACCUCUGGAGCCACCUCACCAACCUCUUCCACCUCCUCCUCCUCAACUGGCUCCGCGAGAAGAGUCCGCAGACUCUCGAAAACUAAGAAAUCCGCAACCUUCCGCAGAUCGACGGCGCGCAAGCUCUUCAAUGUCGGUAAAAAAUACGCGAAGCGGUUCGCCACUAGCACCUCUUCAGCGGCGUCGAAGUUGCGGCUCGUCAAAUUAAAGAUCGACAAAAAAUACCAACAACGGUUAGCGGAGAGCAAGGCCCGAGUUGAGCGUUUUCAAAGAGAAAGGGAAGAGUUGCUCGCGGGCAACAGCCAAGUCGCUAUUUUGACAUUGGCCCUCCAGAAAGUUUAGGCAGAGUGAGAGAAAAUGGGAAGCAAACAGUGUGGCCCUGUAAGUACCUGAAUUACACUAAAACACCUAUCGAAAAUCACAAUUUUCAGAUUCCUUAUACCAAAAACCCUGGAUAGAUGCGUGUUAUUACACAGAAAUACACAUAAAAAUCAACAGAUAAGCCCCGUAUUUUUUGCUAGAGCAGACGACGAUUUCAGCAAUGGAAAUAGCUCAAAAACUGUGGAAAACCUAGGUUUUAGCUAUUUUUUCUACCAAAAAUCCACUUAAACCCUUUUGAAAUCGCGAAAUCUGUUUAAAAUGUACAAAAAAACGAAAAAUUUGCUCAGAAACUGUUUGGUAAACCAAUGAGAUUUGUGAAUAUUUGUUCAAAAAACUAAUUUAGAUCAAUUUUCCACAAAUAUCGUUGGUUUUACCAUAGUUUCUGAGCAAUUUUUCGCAUUUUCAAGAUUUUUUAAAAAGAUUUCGCGAUUUAAAAUAGAUUUCCGUAGAUUUUUUCUAGCAAACUUAGCUAAAAUCGAGGUUUUUUUCAGCAUUUUCGAGCUAUUCCCCACGUUGAAACUCGAAACUCUGCCUUAAAAUUGAAAUUGUCUUGCAUAUAUAAUCCCCACCAUAUAUACUCAAAAUUCUAUUGAAAUUCUAAAAAAAUCACGAAAUUAAUUCAUUAAUUUUUCAGUGCGAGGAGGUGACGUCAAAAGCCAGAUCGCUGCGCGAAUCCUAUGAACGUCAACGGCCCGUGUUGUAUCACGCGGUGCUUUCGGCAUAUUUAGAACAGGAGGUGGUGUACGAGGAUGAUGAGGAUGAUGAGGAGGAGGAGAUGGCGGCCGGAUUCUAUGGAAGAAGCUACUUUUAUUGAGAUCUUCGGCCAUUUUGUUUCUCUGCAAAAAUCUUCAAAAUCCGUCAUUUUAGUCAACGUCUUCAGCUGCUGUGGUGGUCGUUUUUGCCCGUUUUUGCAAUUUUCCGUUUUCUUCUUCCUAAUGUACUGUAAAUAAUGGGAAGAAGAGGAUGUCUGAAGUAUUGCCGGCCAAAUUCCCACUUCACGAACACGCCAAAUUUACUCUAUUUUAGACUGUUUAGCCGUCAUAUAUUUCCCUGUCGUUUUUCUUGUGUUUCUAUUAUUUUGUUUUUCAAAAGCGGUGCCGCCAGAGUUUUAAAGAACGCCUCCCCCCUUUCCCCCUAUCAACCCCCCUCGCCAAUCUUUCCCCUGAAUACGGGUGUGUUAGUUUACGGGCGAAAUUCCUCCCCCAACAAUGCUCUCGCUAAUUUGCGCUGAACAGUACAAUUUUCAUUUUGAAAGUCCCCUUUCUAGACGUGUCGAUAGGUGAAAAUGGUGGGAAAAUUCGAAAUUUUCGCUAUAAAAUAUACUUUAAUACAACAUUUUUCUCAGAUUUUCAGCUGUUUUUCGAAUUUUCACAUAACUCCUCCGGAAGUGGUGGGAAAAUUUGAAAUUCCUACGGAAAAUUUGCAAUUUUCGCUUCAAAAUUUGAUUUUAAACUUGAAAAAUCUAUAUUUUCUGAUUUUCACACCAUUUUCCACCAAUCCACACACCCUAAACCAUCUCCAAACUUCAUAUGAAAUAGUAAAACGAUACGGUCACUUCGUAAAAUAAUAUAACAAAUGAGAAGAACAAGUUAGACGAAACGAAAAAAACCCCCAAAAAAACAUUAAAAUUAAAAAUAUUGGAAAAAAAUGCUUAAUAAAAUAUUAAAAAUAUA